GCGCCGCAACUGGCAUUAACGAGAUCUGUGAAGCUUUUCGUGCUGUUUCGGUAGCGAUAAUUUUCUGUCGGUCAAUAUUACUGCCAGCACGAGAUUUCGUGUCUAGCCAUUUCAACUGAAGCCAAAUGUUUAGUGGAACGAACAAAAUGUGCAGUGAAUAUUGUUGACAGCGUCGAUUUGCUUAUUUCCUCGUGACGUGUCGGUUCACAUCCGAGAAACUGGCGAAAUGUCGGACAUAACAGUUUAUUUUAAGGGGCAAUCUUGACAAUAGCUACCAUCCAUUUUGUUUAUGCACCUCCGGCACGUUUCGUUCCGAAAACAUUGCACCUCACACACAUCCAUUCAUGUUUUUUAAUGUACUCGUCAAAACAUAAAAUUUAUAUGUAAUUAAUCCAACUUGUGUUAAUCGUAAUUGCAAUUCUGUUGGUGGUUGUCUUUUUUUCUUUUUUGGUGGUUUACGAGAAUUAUUCUCAAUAGAUCAGUCGUCAUGUGUGCCGUGAAAGCACAGGAUGUUUUGAUUUCGUGUUUAUCGCUAUGUGUCACGGCUCGUGAUUGCAAUUUUAUGACCAUUAUGAAAUGUUUGUAUGCCUAGUUAUUAACAGUGACAACAUUAAUAGAUACAUAAAUUAAAGCAAAAUGGUUAGCAACAUUUCACGGGGUACUCCCCGUAUUCAGGUCUUUAGACCUACGUAUGAAGAAUUUAAGGAUUUUACCAAGUAUGUGGAAUAUAUGGAAAGUAAAGGUGCACAUAAAGCUGGUUUAGCAAAAGUAAUUCCGCCUCCUGAAUGGAUUCCAAGAAAAGGCGGUUAUAAUUUGGAUGAUUUGGAUUUAACCAUUCCUGCCCCUAUUUGCCAGGUGGUCACUGGCAAACAGGGUCUCUACCAACAAAUUAAUAUACAAAAGAAGUCUAUGACUGUUAAAGAAUAUAGUAAGCUAGCUAAUUCAGAACGUUAUAAUACUCCACGUCACUUCGAUUACGAAGAUUUAGAAAGGAAAUAUUGGAAAAAUAUAACUUAUGUCGCACCUAUAUAUGGGGCAGAUGUUUCUGGUUCCUUGACUGACCCAGAUGUGAAAGAGUGGAACAUUAAUCAUUUAGGAACAAUACUUGAUUACGUGAACAAAGAUUAUGGUAUAUCUAUUGAUGGUGUGAACACAGCGUAUCUGUAUUUUGGAAUGUGGAAAACUACAUUUGCGUGGCAUACAGAGGACAUGGAUCUGUAUUCAAUAAAUUAUUUACAUUUUGGAGCUCCAAAGACAUGGUAUGCAAUACCUCCGGAACAUGGUCGAAGACUGGAAAGACUUGCUAGUGGUUUUUUCCCAUCAAGCCAUCAAAGCUGUCAAGCAUUUUUACGACACAAGAUGUCUCUUAUUUCUCCUCAAAUAUUAAGGCAGUAUUCUAUCCCAUGCAAUAAAAUAACACAAGAGGCUGGAGAAAUAAUGAUAACUUUUCCUUAUGGCUAUCAUGCUGGUUUUAAUCAUGGAUUCAAUUGUGCUGAAUCUACAAAUUUUGCUACACCGCGAUGGGUGGAGUAUGGUAAAAGGGCUACACAGUGUACCUGUAGUAAGGAUAUGGUUAAAAUAUCCAUGGACACCUUUGUAAAACGUUUCCAACCAGAAAGAUAUGAAUUGUGGUUACGCGGGGAAGAUAUUGGUCCGCACCCAGAAGAUCCUAGGCAAACAGCUGCACCUAUGCCAUCUCAAAUGGAUUUACUAUGCAGUAGUAGCAGUAACGGUCAAUUGCCUCAAAGUUACUUGAGUGCAGCACCUAAGAAUAAGCGACAUACAAUACACAAAAAGAAAAAUAUUAUGGCAACAAAUCCGGAUGUUGAUAUGGAGGAGUUAGUAAAUCGUCCGGAUAUUCCACCUGAUGUGAAGAAAGUUUUACAAGACCUUGAAUUGGAAGAAGCUGAUGAUCAACCAGAUGAACAGCAAUUAGAAGUUUUAGAAGAUAUUUGGCUGAAGGCUGGAGAAAUGGACGUGAAUGAGGCUACCGUAUACGAUGACGGUUACAACCGUAAGAAGAACCGAAAACGAAAGAAAAAGAGCACAGAUAAGGAAAAAAAGUCGAAAAAAGAUUCUAAUAAGAGUAUUACAGGGACUGUAACCGUGAAGACUGAAAUUAAAGAAGAACCUGACGAUAGUUUCAACUAUUUAUCUCCAUCGUUUCCGGAUCAGAAUAGUCAUUUAGAUAAUGAUAAUGAUGGGCAAGGCUGCUCUAACGCUAUGUUACCCCAUGAUAAUAUUCUAGAAAGUAUAAAAAUGGAAGACGGUUCCGACUUCUCUGAAAUUACAGAGAAACCAGUUAAAAAGAAAAAGAAACAUUCAAAAUCUGGAGAACCAAAAAAGGUGAAGUCGAAGAAUUCUAGCAAAAAGAAGAAUAAACACUUAAAUAUAAAUAUCUUUGAUACUAAUGAACCUUUGGAUGUAUCUGAUGCUAAUGUGCAGCGACAACUAAUGGCUAUGCCGAGUUUAAAUCAACAGAAGUCUUCGAUAGUAAAGGAUGUUUCCAAUAACCAAGGAAAAGGAAGUCAAGUAACGGGAAACAUAAUUUUCUCUGGAAACGAGCCUAUUAUAAAUGUUACAAAUAAUCUUGUGAACACUGUGUAUGAUGAUUCAAAGGGAAGUGACAAAAUGCUAGAUACCGUUUCGGAUGAACGAAUAAUGUUAUACGCAAAGAGUCCUAAGAAACUCAAUGUAACUAUCAUGAAAUCAACAUUAUCCAAACCACCUAUAGUAAAAAAUAUAUAUGCUUCAAAUCAAGUAAAACCAGUUAAAAUUGACAAAGCUGUAGAAUCAGAAUAUAUUGGCAAUGAUACUAAAAUAACUGUACAAGACGUGAAACCGUUAUCUCAAACCAGUUUCAAAAGUGUAGGUACAAUGUUAACUGAAAGAUCUAUACCCAAUUAUUCAAAGAAAGACAUUAUAAAAGCUCCGAGGUUGAAUGUAUUAAAUGCAGCUUACAAUAUACCUGCUACUGAAGUCUCUUCCAAAGUUGACACUGAUAAACAAACAGGAGAGGAAAAAAACCCCCAUGCAGCAUCCAAUAACAUAGUAGUUUUACCAAAGCCUUGGCCUAUCGUCAAACCUCAGGAGCCUAAACUUCCAAAUACAAGUAUUAUGUACUUGAAUAGAAGUUUUUCCAAUCCACCAAUUUUGCAAAAAGAAAUAUCUGUACAAGAAUCAGGGAAUGAUUCAAAGAGUUUAGAACUGUCACAACCUAUUACUUCUGGCGGUAUUCAGAUACCACGGCUGGAAGGAUUUUUCACAAAGAGCACAGUAUUAAGUCAAUCACUUGCGCAACCAAUUACUUGCCACAGUAUUAGCGGAACAAGUACAGAUGUCAAGACCCUUGGAAAAAGAUCAACGACCGACACAUCGAAAAUGAUGGCAACAAAAUUCUGGCAACUUCCAAGCAGCAAUAAUAGUUUAUUUUAUUCAAAGGAUGUCAACGCUGACGAUAAUCAAUCUUCUGUUACAAACUUAGAUUCCUCUCACAUGUCUACCUCCUCUUCAUUUAGCCUCACGAAAAACAGCACAUUCUUCUUGCCUUCAGCCUCUAAGUGUACAAGUGUGUCGAUAAAUCCUCAGUCUUCAAUGAUGUAUGACUUCGGUAAGAAAUGUUUGCAGAAGUCAACUCCAACCACAUUGUCAACGGGAUCUUCGUUUUUAAAGAUUGUACAGAAACCGAAGGAGUCGUUGCUAUUGAAGAGAGCAUUAUGUCGGAAGAAUGAACCCUGUAAUAGAAGGGCGUUCAGUAAGAGUACAAGCACAAUUGUCAGCAAUGUGAAGACAGUAUCUACACAAGUAGAUAAUCCGUUAGAGAUUAGUCAAACAAGCAAAAGUCCGAACAUUGCAAGUUUCAAUAACAGUACACAGUUCAGUGUAAACCAGUCGGUUCCAGAAGUGCAAGUUUCACAAAGUGUUGUUACGGUUCCACCUAUUGAACGAGACCAAUCUCAAACUGAGAUUGGAGAUACGCAGGAAUCUCAAAGAACACAGACAUUUUCAGACAAUAUAUAUGCGCACAUGCCAUUAUUAAGACCCAUAAAGUGGUCAACAUCAAGACGAAAGUCGAAAGAGAAACUGAAAAAGGCGACUACUAGGAAAAAGGAUGCGUUAGAGGUACAAAAGGCUUCACCAGUGACAGAUGCAGAUGAUUCUGUUAUAAUAUCCAGUUCCUUGGAUAAACCACCUUGCGUUUCUCAUCGUGUAUCGAUGAUACCGGGACACAUAUCUGACAUGCUGUACCCCAGUGUCCCAUCUAACGACUUACUGAAAGCAUUCAAUGAUUACUGGAGCGCCCAAAUUUCGCAUUGCGCGAUUUGUGCACCAUUUACCUCAAGUUGUAAUGGACAUGGUAGGCUGAUGCCUCCAGAUUGGAAAUAUUGCAAACCCACGGUUUUACCAGAGAGUUCACCGAUAUGGGUGUCUGCAAAUAUAUUUGUUGCGAAUUCGAAGGAACAAAUGGUCGAACCGGACAAUGAUAAAUUACUACGUUGCAGAGAAUGUCACGUAACUGUGCAUGCAUCGUGUUAUGGUAUUACCGUACUGCCCACAGAUAUACGAAAUUGGGCAUGUGAUAAAUGUAAAGCUGGUAAAACACAAGUGAUGUGUUGUCUAUGCCCUAUGCGCGGUGGUGCUGUUAAACGUACCAGUGAUAGUAAUUGGGCACACAUAUUGUGCGCCCUCCUAUUACCAGGAGUUACAUUUAAGGAUGCUAUCAAUAAGGAUCCAAUUAACGUUUUAACUAUCAAACCUGACAUUGUCGAGCAACAAUGUUGUUAUUGUGGUCAAAAAGAUGGAGCGUGUCUGAACUGUAGACAAUGCAGUAAUCGUUUCCAUCCGUCGUGUGGUCUAAUUUCCGGUGCAAUGUUCUCAAUACCAGUGUACAAUUCGCUGGAGCUUCAGGUAACUUGUGAUGGGCACGAUGAUGGAAAAGAAAAAAUUCCAAAUAUUCGACUAGGUGAGAUCGUCUGGGCCAAGCAUCGAAACUCUCGGUAUUACAAGGCGAAAGUGGAUUCCAUACACGAUACUUUGUUUUAUAUGGUUACAUUUAGUGAAGAUAAUAGUUUCAGUGAAGACUUAUAUCCAUCAGAUGUAACGAAUUAUGAACCUGGAAACCAACCGCAACUGGGUGCUGCAGUUGUUGUAAAAUGGACAAACGGAAAAUUGUACGACGGUAUCUUCGAGGGUACAAAUCAUAGAAUUAUGUACACCGUAAUAUUCGAAGAUGGUUCUCAGCUCGUGCUGAAGCGAAAUGAGAUUUACAGUUUACAGGAAGACAUGCCAAAAAGAGUGCGUUCACGUUUGUCUGUUGCGACCGAAAUGAAGCACCGGCAUCAUCUAUAUGGCACAGAGGAUGAAUCCGAGGCGCAAAGAAAGGUGAAACAGUCGAAAUAUUGUGAUUAAAUGCAAAAUUCUAUAUGGUUCGAUGUAAAUAAUUAAUAGAAACAAGUAAUUAAUAUUCAAUCGCUGUAAAUAUUACAUACGGAUAAUGUACCUACUAAUUUGGUCUUUCCAAAACGUUCUUUGGAAUAGACCAAGCGGACAAAUCUAUUUUUCUUUCUUUCUAUUCUUUCUUUCUUUCUUUCUUUCUUUCUUUCUUUCUUUCUUUCUUUCUUUCUUUCUUUCUCUUUUAUUUUUUAAUCAUUGCAACACCAAUAUUUUUGUUGGCGUCACAUUUUCAUAUUUUCAAGUACACCUUUGGUUGCUUGUACCCGUUAAAAUGGUUAUUAAAAAGUACGUUCUUAUUCGAUUACAAAUUCAAAAUAUUAUUCAUUCAGAUUAAAGGUGGUCGUAAUUUUAUCAGAACGUAAUAACUUGAACAUAGUAGAGGUAAGAGUUUUGUAUUGUGUUUGAUUCAUGAUCAAUUUUCUAAAGAACAAACACGGUGAAAAGUGUGAAAAAUAAUUUAUGCUUAGAUAUACUUUUCAGUGAUACACAUGUGAGUAAAAAAGGAUGGUGAAGCGACAUUAUUUCUAUUAAAUACAUCUUUUAUCUGAUUGAAUAAUAGACAUUAUAACAUCUUAUUGAUAUUAAAGAAAAAAGUAUUAAAGGAACCGCGAUAUGGAUCACGCGUCGAUGUAAUAAGCGUCCCUCUUGUGGCUAUAAAUAAGCACUUCGAGUUUUUAACUGUUUAUCACGUAACUAGGAGAUAAUGCAGAGAUCUUCUUUACAGCGUAAAACAACACGUAGGAUUUUUCUUACCCCUUGUAAUUUACAUGCAGCUAUCUACGUAGUAAGUUUGUAACGGGCUGCCUCGAGAUACUAUUCACCGGGUGAUAUGGAUUAAAAAAACGUUACAGCCCUCAAAACAUUUCUGUACAUAUAUUAUAAUCCACAUACCAUAUAAGAUAUGUGUUUUUAAGCAAACAGCCCAUGUACGUAGUUUAAAAAGCAUUUUUUACUUUGUUUUACUGAUAAGAAUUUAAAAUUUGAAAUCCCUAGAUGUUUGUGUUGCGUAUGUGCAAUUAAGAAUCACUUGUAAUAUGCUACUCAAGGCAUUGGUAGAAUUAGACAGGGUGUCUUUGAAUGAGAUAUCUCUCUUAAAGGAAAUACAAUAGAACAAAAUGGAGUAAAAGGUAUCCUAUCAAGCUAGGAGAUUUUUGAAACAAUUUUGUGUUUUCUUUGAAAGGGGACCAUUUCUUCAGACCAGUUUAUUUUUUAGAAAUUACCCAUUAUGGUACGUUACAUUCAAAAAGAGUUCAAUAGUUGUUAGUGAAGUUGUCAAUAAUUACCUUCAGGCAGUAAUUAUUACCUUCAUAUAAAUGAUCAAAGUAGAAAGUAAAUGUUAAUUAUUUUUAAGUUGAUCAUUGAAAACUGGAAAAUAGUUUUAAUUAGAAAAACAGAAGUAAUAACAGUGGUGAUAAUUCUUGCCUCGUCUUAUAUAUUAUAUAAAACUAUAAAAUAAUACAACACAGUACUGAAUAUUUAAUAAUUCACUCAGAACUAUUGAAUUCUUUUAAUGCAAUUUAUCGGUUAAGUCAUUUUUAAACAGAGCACCACUUAUAACCUGCAGUACUCAAUUGCGUACGUGUUGAUCACUAAUUAGUCUGACAGGAAAAAAUAGUUUUUAAUACAAAAUCGAAGUGACGAUGCGUGUCGCUAUUAUGGACGCUAUAAGUUCGUAACUCAUUCGCAUUUGAAAUCAUAUGAAUACUCUCUGCAUCCGUUUGAAUGGUUUCCAUAAUACGAUACAUGUUUGAAUGUUUCUUCUAUCAUUUCCUCUUCUGUUCUUCUAUGCUCCCAAUCAACUAGGUACACAAUAAACGAAUGUUUAAUGAUACACUAACAUGUAUGUACAUUUGUAGAAGAAAUUCGUUGCUCGAGUAAUAGUGUUCAUAUGAUCUCUUAAAAUUCAUUUCCUAGAUGUUUUAUUUAUCAUGAAUAGAUAAUGUGAAACGAUAGUUUCGACUUAUAAAAAAGAUGUGUAAUUUAUCCAAAUAAAAAUUAUCACUUCCCCGACCACUUUAUAUGCCUGUUGAUUGAACUAGGUCGUGGAAGUUGUAUUAGCGUUCUAUCUGUAUAUGAUAUUAAUUAAAAAGUAAAAGAAGAAAAGUUAACAAUGUAUCCGAAUUGUAGAAACAUAUUGGAUACAGCGUACAAUAAAAACUACAAAUAUAAGAUUAUUUCUUUUUUUCUGAACCAAUGCAUCCUGUUUUUUAUAAAGUUGUUUCUUAUAUAGCAUAAAUUCUCACUUUAUCUAUCAUUAGGAAAGUAUCGUUUUAUAAAUAUAUUUGGGUUCUAACAAGAAGUAGACAACAAACGUUUAAUCAAUCUGUGGCAAAUUGAAUUAUUGUAGAAUGUUGCAGCUCUGAGAUUAUGAUGAUUCUUUCCUCAUUUUGAACUGAAGAAAUUUCUAAUGGGUGAAACAAAUUUUGAUUCAGUUUCUUAUAAUUACAAAAAUAUGAGUCGGCAUGACCGUUUCCAGUUUAGUGAAGGAACUCUUGACUUUUAAUAGAAAAGUAUAUUUAUUGAAUAGGCUUUCGCGCAAUUGAUCAUCCGCUAUAGAUUCUAUAAUACUAAAUACAACAUUUAUAAUAGAAAAGUGUAGACCCUUGAAGCACGUUCAAUAUAUUACUUAAUUGUUUACAUCAUAGUUUGUUUAAAGCUUUACACGCAACACUUCUCUAGUGUUGAUUGUAGUACCAACUUUUUUUGGUAUUAAAAAUAUGAAUUUUUUUAUUGAACUAAUAAACAAUAAGUUUAUAAAGUUUGUAAAAAAUGAGAAACAGAAGUUUGACACAUUGUUUUUUGGACAAUUUGUCUGUGUUGGAAGGUGAUUACAAAAUUAUAGUAACUCUCGAGAUUAUUCGCUGGAAAUAUAAGUAAAAAAUGUAAAAUAUUACUAAAAUAGUAUUACAUUUAUGCAUAUUGACUUUAGACUUGCAGAGUCUAGACAUCUUUUAUACUAUUAUAGAAACGAUUAUCAACAUUUACAGCUGUGCACAGUAAUUUUAAGUAUCAUUUCAUUCUAACUUAUUUAACUAUAUUUUAUAAAUAUUGUUAUUUGAUUAGUGGUCUGAGAACUGUAAUAAACAUAUCACAUACAACUAUUAGGUCUGUUUUGCUACAAAUACAUAAAAAGUUUCUUUAAACCUUCUUCUAAAAAAUCUUUCAUUCACUCAUCCAACAAUUUUACUAGACAGGCUACCAUUUGUAUCGAGUAAUUGAACAUGUAUUUUAUGUAAGAAAAAGUAACAUACUAUAAAAAUAAUAUACAAUGCCCCGAUAUUAAUAUUAUAAUCAGUAUAAUAUCACGCAUCAUUUACGCACAUGUUCUGAUUGUACUCUAGGCACAUAGGCACAAGUGUGACCCUCAGAUUCUAUGUACUUUAUAUUUCUCAAACGAUCACCAUCGUAACAAGAUAAUUACAACGAACACGAAACACGCGAUUCUAAUUGUGAUUGUUAUCACUAUCGUUGCACAGUUAAGAAUAUCAUGGUGCGAAAAAUAAUAAAAAAAUAUGAUUCUCCCUUAAUUAUUAUACACGCUUAUUACCAUCCGUGUAACAGUAACGUCCCUCGGACCAUAGAGCACGCACGGGAUGGCUUAAAGCUUUCGUGACUUAUUAUUUACGAAAGUCUCCAAUGUCGGGACACAGGCUCACGUUUAAUAGAAAAACCUGUAAUAAGUUAACAGAGACCCGUAACACGACAAUUGUGGAACAGCGUAUAAUAUAAAUCUAAGACCAAGUGUUUUACGUGCCAAUAGUAAAAUUAAGUUAACACACUGCUGCUACAUGCGACCGGUACUUCCCGUCCCACUUUUACUUCGCGUUGCACGGUGGUAUCGAUUUUCGCCGGGAGUCUUCGCACGAUUUAUAAGUACUCUUCUUCUCUUUUUUCUUUUGACCGCUCAAACAAAUAACGAAACGUUCACGAAGAAAAUGUUGCCGCUUUUGUCUCGUGUAUGGAUAUUAAGUUAAUAUCCGUAAUAACGUUAUUAACGUUUUGUUGGUUUGUCACAACAGUCCCGGGGGUAUUGUUCUAGGUCACAUCACAGAUCUGCCCAUGGUAUACAGCCCUGUAAGGGUAAACGGAAAUACUGGAACACCGGGAUCGGUUACUGGUAGUUUCUUGAUCUUC